AUGGGAUACAAUAGUGGUCAGAAUGCAGAAGAGAUGAGGAACCAGUUUCCUGUUCUUGAUUCCCAGGACGGAGUCAGGACCGGUGAUAUGAUUGGUAAUUCACAUUCCAAUGGGAGCUCGGUGCCUUUUCCUUAUAAUCAUCAAUCGACGGUUUCCAUCAAUUCUAUUCAAUCCAUUGUGGAACCAAUCACUCCUCCAUCUGUGGUUCAGAUGGAUGUGAAGAAAAAUCAUCACAAGACAAGAUCGUUGGAUUCAAGCAAUUUCACUCCAUCAGUCAAUAUGUUUGAUAGAGGUGCUGAUAUUAACUCGAUAAAGAAUUCACAAGUCGGUUCUCACUUCCCUAUUUACAAUUUUGAUGAUAGUAUUAAUGGAAAUAGCAACAUGAUUGUGGCACCCACGCUAAGUUCUAACACUCCAUUGCCAAUGAUUAAUGAAUUCGAUACGUUAAGUAAUGGUACUAUUAAUAAUACACAAUCUGCAUCUUAUUCAAUGGGAAGGCAAAUGCAUAAGCAAAGAAUACCAUCAUCUAAUAAAGCACGCCAGUCAGAAAAUAGUAAAAACUUUCAGAAUCAGUCAGCAUUAUCGUCGUCAUUGGCUUCUUCAUCUAUGCAUACAUCAAAUCAACCAUCAUCAAUGGCUGAACUUUCUUUAUUGCCAUUGGAUAAAAUAAAUUAUGCAAGUUUAGCUACUGACCAAUUUGGUUGUAGGUUCUUACAAAAGAAACUAGAAUAUCCAGCAGAAAGUAAUAUUGUAAGAGACCUUCUAUAUGAAGACAUCAAAUCAAUAUUUUUAGAGUUGGUACUUGAUCCAUUUGGAAACUACUUGAUACAAAAACUAUGUGACUAUUUUACUACAGAUCAGAAAACAUCUCUAAUAAAAUCAAUUUAUCCACAUGUAUUCCAAAUAUCAAUAAACCAAUACGGUACAAGAUCGUUACAAAAAAUCAUUGAUACAGUGGAAAACGAUGCUCAAAUUGACUUAAUAAUUAGAGGUUUUUCAAGAGAAUGUGCUUCUAUUAAUCAGAUUGUAACAUUAAUUAAUGAUUUAAAUGGUAACCAUGUAAUUCAAAAAUGCAUAUUCAAAUUCCCAACUACAAAAUUUGAUUUCAUAGUGGAUGCUAUCAUCCAUAAAAAUAAUAUUGUGUUAAUUUCGACUCAUAAACAUGGGUGUUGUGUUUUACAAAAACUAUUGGGGAUCUCCACAUUACAACAUAUUUUUAAACUAUCGACUAAGAUUAUUGAAUAUCUUCAUUUUUUGAUUAAUGAUCAAUUUGGUAAUUAUAUCGUCCAAUUCCUUUUCGAUAUCGAGGAAUUAGAUUUUUACUUACUAUCAGAAAUUUAUAAUAAGCUUGUAGGAGAUAUUUGUAACUUAGCAUGCUCAAAAUUUUCUUCAAAUGUUAUUGAAAAAUUUAUAGAAAAACUAUUCAGAUUGUUGAUUAAAUUGAUAACUAAUGAUAAAAAGCAGAAUAUAAAGCCAGCCGAUAAAGAUUUAAUUCAGGUCUGUAUUGAUAUAAUUUUAACAAUAGUUAAUAUUUUCACCAGAAAUUUAAAUGGUCUAAUUAAAGAUAAAUUUGCUAAUUACACCUUACAAACUUUAUUGGACGUCAAAAACUAUACUCCUUUCUUAAUGUAUGAUGGUAAUAAACAAUUUAUUUUACAAGAAAAUUAUCAAGAAUUUGGUAUUGAGUUCAAUAAAAGGAUUAACAAUUUGAUAUAUUUGACAAAAAAUGUAUUACCUUCAAUCAAAACUACAUCGUAUGCUAAGAAGAUUAAAUUAAAAGUCAAAGUUUUCGCAGAGUUAAAGGGUACAGCUUUUACAGAUUUUGUACAAAAUAAUGACCUUCAAAAACAAAACUCUGAAAGUACAGAACAUAUCAGUCAAAAUAAAAAAUUCACAAAGAAAAAAUUACAUGAAAGAUAUUCUUCAUUGCCAAAUAUAAUAAAUAAAACGACAAACCCAUCAUUGCAAUCUUCUAUUUCCAAUAUAUUGGCAAAUCAAAGCCACGUGAAACCAGGAGAUGCAAUAAAUAUUAACUCAAGAUUGUUAUCUACCUCGAAUAACAUCACGUAUUCAAAUCCAAAUCAAACGGGAGGGUCAGGUUAUAAUUUUGAGGAAAAUAAUAGGCCAUCAAAUUUGUUGGAAAUUGGAUUGAAAUCUUUAACUUUAGAAAACCAACAACUUCAACCACAACCUACAAUCGUUCAAAAAAGAUUAUCUAUUUUUUCUACUAAUGAAACAGCACUGAAUAAUGGUAUGGGACACUCCCAAGUUGACAUGUCAACUAAUAGUAGUUCAUAUCCACUCCCAAAUCCAUUACUUCAAAGUUAUACUAGUCUAUCUAUAUCUGCUUUAACUGAUAUUGACGAUAAUUCAAUGACUCAAAGUGCUAUGAAUGAUCCAUUUCAAAAAGAUCAAUUAUUAAAAAACCAAAUGUAUCCUUAA